CCUUCGAGCAAUUGGAAAAGGAAGCUUUGGAAAGAAUCACUAAAACCAGACAUGCUGGCCUCUGGGUUAAUGGAAAGAGCUGCAACAACGGGGAGCAGCACAUUCAUACUUCUACUGUGAGCAAAAUGCAAGAUCAAGGAGUUGGUCAUAUCUUCAAAAGAAAAACAAAAGAGAAUGGGAAAUGCAGGAGAAAUAUUUUUAGCAGAAGGGUGAUAGCAUGUGGAACAGAUGACCAGCAGAGGUAUGCAUUGUGCAGAAGAGAGAUACAAAGAAAAUGUACGCUAUGAAAUAUAUGAACAAACAGAAAUGCAUUGAGCGGGAUGAGGUACGGAAUGUUUUCAGGGAGCUGCAGAUAAUGCAAGGACUUGAACAUCCUUUCCUUGUGAACCUUUGGUACUCCUUCCAGGAUGAGGAAGAUAUGUUUAUGGUGGUAGACCUGUUGCUGGGUGGAGAUUUGCGCUAUCAUCUGCAGCAAAAUGUGCAUUUCAAAGAAGAAGCAGUGAAACUUUACAUCUGUGAGCUGGCCAUGGCGCUGGACUACCUACAGACUUACAAUAUCAUCCACAGGGACAUCAAACCUGAUAAUAUUCUUCUUGAUGAACAUGGACAUGUACACAUUACUGACUUCAACGUAGCAACAAUUGUGGGGGAUUCAGAAAAAGCUACAUCCAUGGCUGGGACCAAGCCCUACAUGGCUCCAGAGGUUUUCCAGUCCUACUUGGAAGGAGGUCCUGGCUACUCAUAUCCUGUGGACUGGUGGUCACUGGGCAUCACAGCUUAUGAGCUGCUGCGGGGUUGGAGACCUUAUGACAUACACUCCAACACUGCAGUGGAAGAAAUACUUCUCAUGUUCAGAGCUGAAAAAGUACAUUGUUCCUCCACCUGGUCAAAAGGCAUGGUGGAACUAAUAAAGAUGCUUCUUGUGAAGGAGCCUGAUUGCCGUCUGUCAAGUCUCAAAGACGUCCAAAAUUCUCCGUACUUAGCCAAUGUGAAUUGGGAUGCUGUUCUGGAAAAGAUUGUCCCACCUGGCUUUGUUCCAAAUAAGGGAAGACUGAACUGUGAUCCUACAUUUGAACUAGAAGAAAUGAUAUUGGAAUCCAAGCCGCUUCACAAAAAGAAGAAACGACUGGCUAAAAACAAGUCCAAAGAUAUUGGUAAAGAAAGUUCUCCAUUGAAUGGACAUCUACAACAAUGUCUGGACACAGUGCAUAAGGAGUUCAUCAUAUUCAACAGGGAGAAGUUAAGAAAAAGACGGGCAGCAAGUGGGCAAACAGAUAAUAAUGAAAGUGGGAGUUGCAGUCAAACACACGAAAAGAUGCAGGACGGACACAACAACAAUGUACUCGGAACUGUCUGUACAACCAUUGCGAGUUAGUCAGCAAGAGCCCGGCUGACUGCUCUGGGAACCCUAGAAACACUGAUUGUAUGAUAAUGAAAAUCAUUUCUGUGCAUGCCUCGUAAGAUACCAUUUCUUCCCACCAGAGAACAACUUGGCUGAUUAAGAUUUUCCUGGGAAAUAAAAUCUUUACAAAAUAAAUGGAUAUUUUAUUAUCAUCUGCUUGUACGCUGGAGUGGAAACGGGGAAUUUUCCUGUUGGGAGUAAAGUCUUGCUCAGAAAGACUGCAGAAUAAAUAUUACCAAACUGUCUUGAAAUCAAUUUUUCAUAUCACACAUUCCUUCAAGGAAUAAACCCACUUAGAAUAUGUGAAGGAAAGUAUCACAGUCUUAAGCCUUUAAGCACAGUUUUGAGUCCUGGUAUCUGAAGUUUAGCUGUCUGUGAAUAUAUGUGUGGUGCUGAAUCUUUUUUUCCCAGUCUCACAAGAUUCUUUGCUCAUUUGUUUUGAUGCUUGGAAUCGACUCUUUGGCCUCAAAACAUCAAGCUUUGUGAAAAUGUUUCCUGUUUGUUCAUGCAUUUUUUCCAACUUUUAUAAAUUAGUUCAAUGGUGUUUAAAUGAACUCUUUGUUUAUCUGAAUCACAACACUAAACUGUGAGAAUGACAUGAAUAAAGAUGGUCAUGCAGUGAAUGCUGGCAAGUAAAAGGUUUGCUGGUGGAAAUAACUUGCAUUGAUUAAUUAAUAAAUAGUAAAUGUGCAUUGUUUGUGAAUAAUUGAUAUUAGAGUCUGUUUCCCUUCUGUAUAUUCCUUGUUAUUUUAUCAUUUUAACUUUGUUAACUUAAAGCAUUUAACAUCUGGUAGAGACUCUUUUUACAGCAACUUGCAUUUAUAUAGCGCCCUGCUGAGUGCUUUUACUGUUUGUUGUGAUUAUUUAGCUAUAAAUACAGCAUUGACAGAUUUCAUUUGACUGUUAAAAUUUAUCUCCUCUAAUAAUUUGGGUGUCACCUGAUUCCACAUCAGUGGGAGAGGGACAGCAAAAUCUGUGGUUCUUUAAUCUUGAAAGUUCUUGGUGACGGGCUCAAGGCCCAUAAUGAGGGCACUAGUGUGGAGGAGAGGGCAAGAUGAAAAUAUGAUCAAAAUCAUUAGGUGUUUAAGUGUUACCAGGUCUGGGGUUUUCAAUCCCUAAUACAUCAUACACACAACCUUUCUGUGAAGGCUAUUUGUUUGUGACUCUCACUUCCUUGGGUGUUGUAAUUUUCACUGGAGGAGCUCAGAUAGCUCAGUUGAUAGAGCAUCAGACAUUUAAACCAUCGAUUUGUUAGUGAUCUGAGGGUCCAGGGUUCAAGUCUCUUUUCACACAUUAGUUAUUUACUUUCUGGAAUUAGGUAAGCAGGAUGCGUCCCU